AUGGAUCGGUCUGGACAGAAACUAUGGCGGCCACCCAGGGCAUGUGAUGACUAUUGGAGUGAGUUCAGACACUGCAAAAGCUUGUGGAACCGUUUCCACCACUACUACACCCAUGGUACCUCCCCAUCCUGCCAGCAGUGGAAAGAGGACUACCGUAACUGCAGAGAGUGGGAGAAGCGCAAAAGCACAGAAGCAAAGGAAGCGUUGCAGAGAAGUGAAAGAAACAGAGUGGCAGAGCAGACAAAGUUCACCCCAGUUUGGAAACUGAGGCAAUACCCUCCCAGAGACUGGAACAUGCCCCUGAACCAGGACAAGCCUCAGGACUCUUGA